AUGGGCAAUCAUCAAAUACAUCCGAGACGGCAACAUCGUCCCAGUGAAUCGGUUGGCUUCAAUAAACACGAUAGCGAAGAUGAACGUUUAGUAACGAUUCAACAAAGAGAACGACGAAUUUCGACAAGAAGCAUUCCACCGGUAGAUGAAGAUGACAAUAUGAUUCGGACGAUUGAAUGUACAGCGAGGAUAUUCUCUGUACCUGCUCUACCAUUUGACACCUGCGCAUGUAUUAUCGGAACAUUCACCGAUUGGAUAGAAGAACGAAUGCAUAAAGUAGAUGGAAAAUACGAAGUACGACUGGAAAUACCUGAUGGAUGCCACUAUUAUCAAAUAUUCGUCAAUGGGCGCCCGCGAUUCAUUCCUAGUGAAACGAUCGAAUUUCAUUCUAAAUUCGGUCGUGUGCAUUUUCUUUCUAUCAAUGGUAAUGAUUCACAUGUAAAUAACCAUUUCGAAGGAACGAUUUUAUCUCUGCAUAAAAUGAAUGAAUGGACACAGGAUGUAAAUAAUCAACUCAUACCAGCCGAGCAACCGCCACCACCUCGUAUUCCACCUCAUCUUCUCAAUAUUCUUCUCAAUCGGAAACUUCCUGCUCAUUGUGAUCCAGAUGUUCUUCCCGAACCGAACAGCGUCAUGCUUGGACACUUAUAUGCCCUCUCGAUUCAAAACGGAAUUAUGAUUCUAAGCACAACGAUUCGAUACAAACAAAAAUACAUAAACCUCUCGUCUUUUUUAUAUGUUAUUCCCGUAUAUAUAUAUACAUAUAUUUGCAAUUGCAACUCAAUGUCGCGAACAUCGAAACAGGCAACAGUAGCUCGAGUACUUACGAAAGAUCAGCCUUCACAUAGUUUGGUUCACAAUGGUUGUGAAAAGCAGACACGCGCAUUCUUGAAUGGAAAUAGCCAAUUUAAAACGCAUCUGCCUCGUCGAAGUCACUCCAGUCCCCACGAACGAAACAAUUUACUCUCCGUUGCGCUAGAAGAUGUUCAACCGUUAGAAUCAUAUGGCGAUAGUUCAUCGGUCAUUUUUGGCCGAAGUCGUAUUGAACUAUCGGAAGAAAGAAUUUACGUUGAAGAUAUGAAGGGUAGAAUGUCGAACAAAUCUCGCAGAAGAGGUUCAGCGAAAAAAUCGAUAUGUCUUUUCCUCCUUGUAUUUCUUGUUGGUGUGACAACGAUUCUAGCAUUGGCAUCAGCACUUGGUGUUAUUGUUGCUGAUGAAAGCAUAACAAAAUUCAUUGAAAUUCUGACAGCAACUGUACCAACGACAGCACCGUUUUUGCCAACUACUGAUGCUUCCACAUUUACAACUGCACAAGAAACAAUCACGUCCGAACGUGCUUCUAUGACGGAUUCCACCGUACCAAUUCUUGCUCCAACAAUUCUAAAUCUCCUUAAUGAACCAUUCGAAGUGAUUACUGAUGAUCCCAUCUCCAGUACUCACUUGCAAUUGCAAACCUUCUUCGAUGUGGCUACUACAUCUGACGAAUCUUUCACAGUCGAUAUAACGACAACGUCAGAAGAGAAUAUUAUUACAUUUGAUACAACUACAUUUGGAACCCAAGAAUAG